UUUCCAACCACUUAGCCACCCUAGGACCUCGACAUUUUUCUCACCUUGUCGCUCCGAUGGCUCCACCAUGUUCCCAAACCCAUCGUCAUCCAAGUUUGUUUUUUCCUCAUUGAAGUCGACACGUGAGAUCUUAUCACGGAGAAAGAGCUGGUUAUAGAAGAGGUUGCAGUGGGAUCGAGGUUAUAUUGGUCGGCUAAGCCUAGGCGAGGAAACGAUCGACCACUAGCCGCCAACGCCUGUAAGCUGGAAAUUAACCAUAUUAUUGUCACCAAAAGAUGGUGAAAGCUAUUGGGACGACUGUCCUCACGAUGUCCGCCAACACCCAGCCUGUUUCUCGGUACCGCCAAUUACGAGGCAAAAGCGUUUCCGAGUCACGAGCAGCCAUCGACCACGCGCUUGGCCAUGACAGGCUCGAUCGACCGAAGGAGCCGAGCCCUCCCUUGAAGUCGUCUCUCAAAAGACGCUCCAAAUCUUUGGGACAAAUAUGUACAUCGGACCUCCAACUUUUCACUCAACAAUGCUCGGUUCCACCCGUGCCCCCGGUCCCUCAUCUAAGAAGAUACCAGAGCACCAUCUCGCGGCCGACGGUUACGAGGGAGCCAUUGGUUCCAGUGUCAGGUAACGAACAGCAAUGUGAGGAGCCUGACAGAUUGUUGUCGCCUAGGGCAGCUCCGUCUCCGCCUAUUCCUAAUCCUGCAGCCAUGGCCACUGCGGUCACGACCGACGUUGCGGUGCGCGGGGAUUUCGACCUGGAAAGGGAGAGAUGGAAGCUGGUAGAUGAAAGGUGGAAGGCGCAGGAACGGCGGGUGUUGAGCAAGGAGGAAUCUGAUCGCUUGGCCAACAUACUCGAGUGCGAAACGGAUCGAAUUCUGGCGGAGCAGAAGAAGCUGGACCUCGCGAGGCUUCACCAACAGCUGGUUGCGACCCAGUCGACAGUCUCAUUAUCUCCGCCCUCCCUUAAGCCCAAGAGCCCCGUGUUAGAGAAAUUCAACUUCUUCAACAGGGCCAGAAAUUCAAAGGCGGCCACGCUCUCACCGACUUCGUCGACAACCGCGUCGGUGGAUAUUAGUCGCACUCACAGCCUGGAUCCCUCCCUUCCACCAAGGGCGUUCAUCGAGCAAGGAGGGCAUGGCCAACUCAUAACACCGCCCAUGUCCCCAAUGUCUGCGCAUCAUUUCCAGGAAAGACACGUUGCUGUCCGCUGCCGAGGUGUAACAGUGAAUCUCACCGCCGUGGCCGAAAGCAGCCCGGUGGACAUCUUGUUCCAAGCCUCCGAGUCUAUCACGCAGCAUAUCAACACGGCUUCCAGUCUUGUAUAUGAGUGCUACACACAGCUUGGCCUCGAGCGGCGUCUCCGACGAUACGAGCGCAUCUGCGACGUGUUAAACUCAUGGGACCACGACGCUCAGAAUCUGUUGCUCAUCGUUCCCUCUGGACACUCCGAUGGUGACAAGGAUCUCGACAUCUCAUCAGUUCCAACAACCUUGGAACCACCACCAGGCUUCUUCUUACAGCUCCACCACUCGUCGCGGCCGGGAAAGUGGAGCAAGAGAUGGAUCACGCUGCUCGAUGACGGACAGAUGAUCUCCUCCAAGAAAGGCGAGUCAAGCGGGGACAAGUCAGCUCAAUGGUUAUGUCAUCUGUCCGAGUACGACAUAUACACGCUCAUGAGCAAGUCUGCGUCUUCUACAGAUGCGUUUGGAAGGCAAGGUGCUGCUGGAGUCACUAAGAACCUCAAACCGCCAAAGAAAUUCGUCUAUGCUCUUAAACUGCAGCAAAAGACAAUUUCAUCGGAUUCAGCCAACUUCGUGCAUUUCUUCUGCACCGAUGACCCGAGCAUCGCCAACAGAUUUACUGCACGUGUGCACAGCUGGCGAAGCUGGUAUAUGGUCAAGUCUCGCCGGGAGGCUCAGCGGAAGAGGCUGAUGGAAGACGCGCCACAGAUCACGCCAGUCAAGCAUAAGCCGAGGAAGAGCAUCAGCCAUAUGAAAAUACCUGGGCAGAAGCAUCGUAUCAAGUUGUCUGUUGAUGAGACACCGUACACCAUCGGGGACUUCCAGCCUUUGGUGGAAAUGGAGCGGUUCGAAAAGCCAAUCGACGAGUUCGGAAAGGAUUGGAUCCCGGACCCGAGGCUGUCGGCGUUGCCGCCUGCGCUGAAGGAGGAUGAUGCCGUCACAACUGAAGCUCCAACUACGACCCAGGAGGAGUUGGUGGUCGACGUACACGAAAACACACCUGCUAUUGCGCAAGAACCACGCAGCGACCAAGCCCGCCCCAAGACUCCUGCAACUGGCACCGAAACCGAGGGAGGGUUGCAACCGCUGAUCGACGGGAUCCAGGCGGGAGUCGGCAUCGCCGUGCCCUUGCCAGCUCAGCCCAGCACAAAUAUCGCCAGCCCAACCGAACGCAGUCCUCAGGAGGACCUAGAGCCCGGGCCGGGGCCAGAGGCGCAGGUGAAGUCAUGGCUGCCAUCCGCAGUCGAACACACCGCCAGGCAGAAGUACGAACAACAACGCCUGGAGAGGCUGAACAACAGCAACUUCUCACCAACACCAAAACAGCAACAGCGGCCCAGCACCAGCUCCGGGGUGGCACAGUCCCAGCGCCACCACUACGGGGCACCACAGCCGGCGCGAGGGGGUCUGCGCCAGGUCGCCACGCGGGUCACGGCGCAGUCGACGCUGGGCGACAUCGCGAGGAACUACCGCGCGGUAUCGCGGUGGGCCGAGACGGGGACGCCGUCGCCCACGGGCGGCCCCGGCAGCGGCAGCCCCAAGUUCCUCGAGGUGCCCGGCGCCAGGGGCAACAACAUGCUGCCGCCGCUGCAGCGGCCCUCGCUCCCUUUGCCUUCCAGCCGGCCGAGCACGAGCGGCGGCGAGAGGGGCCGGAACCACCAGUACCAGCUGAUGCAGCAGCAGCAGCAGCACCAGCACCAGCAGAAACAGUACCAGCAAGUCCUGCUGCAGAAGCAGACGCGGGCCCGGUCCGGGUCCAUGUCGUCUAUGCGCAGGGGCGGGGGCGGCGGUGCUAUUGGGGGCCCGCCUGUCGACCCGCCGCCUAUGCCCCCUUUGCCGCCGCAGAUGAGGGCGCUGGUUCGGGAGGCGCAGCGGUGAUGUAUCUGGGGCUGAUGUUGGUCGAGCGGCAACGAUGGCAGGUGGCGUCGGCAAUAACGGCGAGGCUCAUCAGGAGGUAGGGUAAAACAGCAGUAGGACCAUCCCCCGACCGCCUCUGGCCGGAGUCAUUCACCUUGUCUUUGUGGAAUGACUUAUGGUUGAGAAGUUGCGCUGCUUAUGGAGCACGCAAAGAAGAUGUACGCGGACCGAAACUUCACGCUCAAGUGGGAAAAAUAGCCAAACUUAUCUUCUUUGAGGAGCACUGGGUUUCAGGAAAGGAUAUUUACUUUUUGCAUUUCCUUUUCUCUCUGGCCACCGAAGCAGCUUGAGUAGAUUGGGUUGAGAUGGUUGAUACGUUCCAUCCAUUGCAGGAGUUGUCGGGGAGUUGGUCAAGAACCGUCACGAUCAUUAUGUUGACGGCACCACAGGAAUUCAUAAUGAGAUGGAAGGGAUUCUAUCUUUGAGAGUGUAUUAUGAGGAACAAAAGGUAUUGAGGUGGUUUCUGGAGCGGUGUCUUCGCUUCUUGUGUCAGAAUAGCACAAUAGAGAGUCUCGUUGGCACGGCAAG